CAUACUCACAUACUAGUUGCAAUUUGGAGUCUGGAGUGAUACUCUCGGAAUCGCGAUUCAGGAUUUGAGGACUGAGAGGAAGAAAAUAAGGGGGAAAAAGAGAGAAAAAGAAAAAAAGCGACCACGUCUUCAUCCGGCCCAACUCUUACCGUUACAGCACAGUACCAUCUCUCCAUCGCUCAGCUCCGCUACUCGGUAUGCCAGUUAUUCGGAACCCUUUUCGCAGAAAUGCGACAGCUCUAGUCAAUAAUCGCUUCGACUCUUUCUCCGACCAGCAAUUUACCGCCAGCCCGGACACUGGGAGACUUCCCCUUUCCGAAACUGACUCGAGCACCGACGAGGUGGGAAGGGCUCAUAGUACGAGGGCAAAGUCUGCUAGUGCCAUCAGUAUUGGAAAAGAGAGCCAGGACGAAGAGAACACUUACAAGCUAAGCGUUGUUAAUGAUAGCGGUGUCUAUUUGCCUCCCUCGCCUCCAGACAAGAAGGGUUUUUGGAGGAAGAAUGAUCACUCUCCCCAGACAAAGGUUCCCGAUGUCGAGGAGCCGUUUGUUAUAUCGAGAGAAUCAUUUGAAUGUUAUAGAAGAUCAUUUGACAUCUCUGCGAGGUCUCCUGUGUUAGAUCCACCCCCAGGCCGUGUUAGCUUCGACUCGCGUCCUCUUGGUCCGCGCACGAGUCUCGAUGUCCGCUCUCCAAGAUUGCCAAUCGUUGCCAAGAAUGUGGAGCCCGUCGAAGAGGACAAAUUCGAAGACAUCAAGCUCAACGAUGAUGCACGGCCCAAGAAAAGGAGCAUAUUCUCUAGAUUUGGCACCGAUCACUCCUCAUCUGAUGCGGCGCUGGCCCCGGCGUUGGCCCCGGCGUCUCACGGGGUUAGGAACGGUUUUUUCGGAAAGAAAGAGGUUCCUCAGGAGACGGUCCUUGAAAGCGAGCUCAAGAAGAUUGACAUCGCAGAGAAUGAUAAGUGAUGGGAAUUGCUAUGGGCCUGUCGAUAUGGAUGGGUAGGUGGAUGGUGUUCCGGAUUAUGUAGGGAUUGUUUUGUGACGGAUGACACCGCUUUGAGAGGUGUUGGCUGAUUGUUGGGCUUUAAUGCUUUGGGUGAUUAUGGGGAUAUAUUUCUAUUUUCUUGUAUGCGCUGGUGCCUUUUUGUUCCUCUGCGGAAGGUCUAGAUCUCUUGUACCCCCUUUUUUAUAUGCACCCCCCGAAUUGGUUUUGGAAGGAGGUCUCAUAGACUCUAAUGUAUGCUGGAGACGAGAGGACAAGGUAAAUGUUUAAUGAAAUUUAUCUAUGAUAGUAGGGGGCCUCGUGCGCGCUAUGCUAUCUGAGGGGGGGAUGCCAGUUAAUACCAAUGCUCCGAUAA